AUGAUGAACAUCAGUGAGCCCCCUUUGCAGCUUCUGCCCUCCAGGGCCUCGGACCGUCUGCUGCAGCCUCUCUGGGAUUAUGUGCUUUUUCACCACCUGCCUCUCAUUUCGUCUCCUUUUUUCCCAGUCAUCAUUGCUUUUUCCAGCUAUGUAUUCUUCAGUGCACCUUUUACUGUACUGGAUCUCCUGGGAGAAAAGGUGCCUUUCCUCUAUCAGUACAAGAUCCAACCGGACAGAAAGCCAACAGUUAGAAUGAUGGCUACCAGUUUCCUGACAGCAUUUUAUAACCACAUUUUCUUUGUUCUUCCAACUGUAAUAAUAAGCAUGUUCAUACUGCCUGCACCAAUAAUACCACAGGAUGCUCCUACUCUGUAUGAGGUAUUCAUUGAUGGACUGGCUAUGCUUCUCCUCUUUGACACUCAGUACUAUAUUUGGCAUUACAUUCAUCACAAGCAUUCUCAGCUUUACCGAUGGAUCCAUGCAAUCCACCAUGAAUAUGUGGCACCCUUCUCUUGGUCUACUGAGAUGCUCAGCAUCCCAGAACUGAUGACUGUGGGACUCUGGAGCAACCAGGACCCGAUUCUUUUAAAGUGUCACCCACUGACCACAUGGUGCGCCACAGUAUUCAGCAUCUGGAUGUCUGUAGAGGACCACAUAGGCUAUGACCUACCCUGGACCCUCAAUCACCUGGUGCCUUUUGGACUGCUGGGUGGUGCACCAGCUCAUGACAUGCACCACCAGCUGCCGAGCAGCAACUUUGCACCUUUCUUCAGCCACUGGGACAGAAUCUUUGGUACUGCUGUCCCUCUGAAGAAAAAAGCUAUGAGAAGAUAUGAAGACAAGUGA